AUGGAGCGGCAGGGCGCGCUGUUCACUCGAGUCCGCGAGGAGGCAUCGACCAGUGCAGCGGAGAAGCAGACGCGACACCACGAACCCCUGUGGCCGACGGGGCCGAAGUACCACCGUUACCUCAUCCAGCUGUGCGUCCGGGUCACCCUCGCGUGCGAGCGCGCGGCGCGGGCCGACGCGGACGGCGCGAGUCCACCCCCGAGAUCCCCGUUCGAGGGCGUCGCGGGCGCCGAACUCUUCAAGGAGUUCAACCGCGCGUGCGCGGGCCGACCGCUCGAGGUUCUGCACGAGCGCGGGCUCCUCGAGCUCUUCCCGCACGUCCGCGGGCUCCAGCGCGCGGGCGAGGAACGUCUCCCGAUCCCGCCCGUGCUGCGUUCGCCCGGGUGGUCGCACUUUUCAACCGCCGCCGCGAAGAUGCAGCGGCUGCUCUCCGCGGCGCGAGCGCUGAGGGAGGCGCUGGCGGAUCCGGACGCGCGCGACGGGCACAAGUACGCCGCGCACCAGACCGCUCUGGUGUACAACUGCCUGAACCACGCGGGGGGCGAGGCGUGGGGGCUGCGGGCGCGCGUGGAGGAGAGGUUCGACGAGGUGAAGAAAUUUUGCGAUGAAACAUUCGGGGCGGAUGAAACGUUCGGGGCGAGGCUGCCGCCGGACCUCGCCGAGUGGGCGCUGGGGGUUGCGGAGGAGGUGGAGGCGUGCGUGCUGGGGUUACCGCCGAAACUCACGGAGGGUUUGGGACCGGUUCUCAGGAGUUGUUAACGCGGUAGUACUCUAGCUAGUAGGUACAAAGGUAAAAGUUUUACCGAG